AUGGAUCGUGACCGACAUGGCUAUUCGCACAGUCUUGACGGUUCUCUAGCCGAACAUAGCGAAGUCUUGGAUUUUGAGACUGGCUAUGGAGUCAGGCAACGAAGUGGAGCACAAGCGGGAGGAAGCAGACCGCUUCAAGCUAUUGAGUUGCAGGACAAACCCGAUCCAAACUUGCCUCAAACGACGAAGCCCAGUAACGAGAAGAAGAAGCACGUAUUUAGCCUUGGUGGUAAACGUCAUCUCAGUUUGAGAAGUCAACAUCUCAAAGGCUUCAGUUUCACGAGAUCACACAAACGGCAAGCAAUUGCGCGGGACUGGUCUCCAGGACGAAAACGAUUCGUAGCAUCUGUUUCAUGUCUCAGUACUGCACUGAUUGGGAUCAUCGUUGGCAUUUAUGCUGGAGAAACACCUGCCAUUCAGUACUACAUUGUCGACUUCCAUCACUAUACCGUCCUCGGAAACGUUUUCUUUUUCAUUGGCCUUGCCGUUCCGACCUUCUUGUUUUGGCCUCUGCCAUUGUUGCAUGGACGAAAGCCUUACAUCCUCGGAUCAAUGUCGCUGGCAAUGCCGUUGUUGUUCCCACAAGCACUUGCGGUCGGCGAAUUCAGAUCCCCAUAUGUUGCUGUAUGGCGUAUUGGCUUGAUCAUGCCUCGAGCAUUGAUGGGAUUUUGUCUUGGCUUCGCUAACAUGAACUUCAAAGCUAUGCUCACUGAUCUCUUUGGUGCCUCGCUGCAAAGCCAAAACCCUCAUCAAGAGCAUGUCGAUGAAUUUGAUGUAAGACGUCACGGCGGCGGUAUGGGAGCUUGGCUUGGUCUUUGGACGUGGUGCAGCAUCGGAUCCAUUGGCUUCGGCUUCAUGAUUGGCGCUCUUAUCAUCAACCACCUGCCACCUGCUUGGGGAUUUUAUGUCUCUAUUGCCAUCAUUGCAUUUGUCAUGCUGCUUAAUGUUCUCUGCCCAGAAGUCAGAAGAUCUGCAUUCCGAAGAUCGGUAGCGGAAGUUGUCAAGGAGAACGCGGUAUCUCGCAGAUUGGCUCGUGGGGAGGUCAAGAUGCAUAUGGUUCAGUCAGGACCGAAAUGGUGGGGCGAGGAGUUCCAUUAUGGAGUGAUGCUGUCCAAGAAUAUGCUUCGACAACCAGGAUUCCUUAUCAUGGCGUUGUACAAUGCUUGGAUCUAUGGGCAAAUGGUGUUGAUCAUCUCGCUUCUAGGUGCUUUGUUGUCUAAAGACUACAAGCUCAAGUCUCCAUUGAUCGGUGCCAGUGUCAUGUCCCUACCAAUUGGAGCGCUUAUUGCUAUACCUUUCCAGAAGGCAUCGUUCUUCAGUCGAGCUAGGAACAAGGUCAUAACUAGUGAUGACGCUACUCUGAAAAAGAGAUUCGCAUGGUCAUCGCAUAUGCUUCGACGUUCCAUUUUCGUACUGUGCCUUCCAGUUGCUGGCAUGGCUUAUACUCUUUCCUCUGGAGGGCCACCGAUCCCCUUCGCCUUACCUAUCAUCUUCGCUGGAAUCAUCGGAUUCCUGUCCAGUCUGGCUUUAGCUGAAUGCAGUGGUAUCAUCAUGGAAACUUUCGACACUUCGGAUCUUCAACCCGGUAUGACUGGUCGCCCUCGUGGUUCAUCAGGAGACAAAACGGCAGCCAAAAGAACGAAUUACUCAUCUUUUCCACGAGUUCAGUCCGCAUUUGCGAUGUGCUCCGGAUUUGGGUACUUGAUUGCUGCAGCUGCUUCUGGUGUUGGUGGCUCUCUUACUCGGCACCUUGGCCAACAAGCAGCUACAGGCAUCAUGGCUGGAAUACUUCUUGUCCUCUCCUUACUCCUGUUGGCCACCCUCGUUCGCUUCACCGACAUUCAAAUCAUUCCAGAUUCUAAGAAAGACGAGAUGGAACAAUACCAUCAAGCUCGCAGAGCAUCAAAGAUUCGUCGCGAAGAAGGAAUUGAGGAAGAAGAACCUUGGCGUCCUGUCAUCAUCGGGAAUCCUCACCAUACCACCAGACGAAUGUGUCUCCUCGAGCUUGGUAGCAUGUCUCGAUUCAGUGAGAUCAGACGCAAGAACAAACUCGUCGAUGAGAAGAGUCUCGAAGCCAAACAUCCGAAUCGUGCAGCGAUUGAAGAUGUUCGGCAGUACAUGCACCACAAAGAGCAUGAGUUGAGACACAAGGUCAGUCAAAGCUUGAGUCGAGGAGGAAGUAGAGGAAGUCGUCAGAGUAGAAUGAGUGAUGGUCCCGAGCAGGGUGAUCUGGGUGGUCACAGAGAAAUGUUGAAUAGAGGGGGUUCGGGAAAAGGGAGUCGAAGGGGGGCCCCGGAGAGUGGAAGGAAAGGAACGAGCACAGCGAGGAAGGUAAUCGAGGAGCACGAGUAA